AUGCCACACGUUGGUGAUAGUGGUGGCGGCGGUGGUGGUGGUGACGUUGCCGCUGCUCCAUCACCCGCGCAACACCUGUCUGUGCCUGCAACUUUUGCGGCCAAAAAGUCGCGGAUCCUUGCAGACCUCAACCAACCCGAGGGCGCGUACUCGGACAAUUCGCCCAAGGGCACGGUGGACGCGCAGAUCCGCGACCUGAUCGACGAGAUCAAUCGGUACGAGGGGCUCGUGACGACGAGUAGUUGCGCGGGCAGGGUUGCCGUGUUUGUCGAGGGGCCGAGAGUCGAAGGGCGUGGUGAUGACCGCCAAGAUGGCGGGCAUGAUGAGGAUGAGGUAGAGACGUGGGCGGGGCAGGAUGGGCAGCGAGGCGGAGGACGAGGCAAAGGCGGAGGACGCUGGCUUUAUGUCUCGCAUGAUCCUAUCCCUGUCCCUGCCCCUCCUAUACGGAUCGCCAAUGCCAAUGCCACUGCCACCGCAACCACCCCUGCCGACGCCGUCCAGAGCACGGAUGAAGCAGCGAACCCAGCAGCAAACGAGCCGAAGCAAGAAUACUUUUCCACCCUCUUCCAGCUGAGUAGCCCGUCACGCUCAUCGCUGUCUUCUUUCCCAGCAUCAUCUCCCCCUCUGGCAUCUCGAUCAUCACCAUCUCUGACCCUAUCCCUCCUGUCCCCCACGGACCAACCGUCCCAGCUGAUUCACCUGACAUUCUCGCCGCUGAUCCUGCACGUCCACUGCGCGACGCUCCGGCAUGCCCGCCAUGUGCUGGCAGCGGCGGUGAACGCGGGGUUCCGGGAGAGCGGGGUGCAGAGUCUGCGCGCGCUGGACGAUGCCGAACACGGCGUCAUGGUUGCCGUGAGGACGGCCGGGCUGGCUUUUGAGACGGUCGUAGGUGUUGCUGUUAAUGCCCAAACACCUCGGCAGGAGACGGUCACCUCUCCAGCGGGCGGCGAGGAUCCCGGCGGUGUGGGAAUUGACAUGGCUCAACCCACAGGCCAAACCGAGGCGAUGAUGCAUAGGGUCGUCGGCGAGGAGUACCUCGCCCUGUGCGCCGCGGUGGUCAACGAGCGAUUCGCGUGGAAUGUCGAGCGCAGGGAACGGUUUCGACGCGAGCUGAAGAGGACGAUGGGCAGGGAGGGAUCGAGUCCCGAUGCAACUCGUGAGAACAAGACCCAGCCAGAGUGGGAAGACAAGGAACAGCGGAGGAGGCGGAAGAGACAAGAAGGGCUCGAGAAGCAGAGGAUCAAGAACGAAAAGGACGCGACGAACAGCACGACAAGCCACCGAAAUGAGGUCGAGGUGGAGGAACUGGAUCAGGAUCUCUCAAUGCUGGACCUUGAUUGA